AUGCAACUGUGGAACGUGUCCCAGACGGCGCCGCAGAGAGUGCUUAGGACGGACGUGGGUCCCUGCAGAUCCAUCAAUUUUGUUCCUGGGAUGAGCAAAGCGGUGCUGGCGUUCUUGGACGGAACGGUGGCGCUGUAUGACGCCUCCCGCUGGUCUUUCCUGUGGAAGACGGAAGGGGGACACACGGAAACGGUGUUCGACUGUGCUUUCUCGACAGCGGACGCAGACAUACUGGCCACGUGCUCCCAUGACGGGACGGUCCGUCUGUGGGAUGUCCGGACGCUGAAGUGCGUGAAAAUUCUGACGGGCGCCUGCAGCGCUCUGUACUCGCUGUGCUGGUCCCCCGACGGAGCCCUGUUGGCGGCGUCCGAUGCGCUGGGGCGCGUGCACCUGUACGACAGCCACAGGGGACUGUUGACGAGAAGCUGCCAGCUGCACAAGCCUGGCUACAUAUCGUGCAGGGUGGUGUGGAAUCCAGGGGCAUUUGGGAACAGGCUGGCAUCGGUGUCGGACGACUGCACAGCGUCAGUGUUCAGCUGCGACGGAGUCCCCUUGCUCACCCUAACCCACCCCGAUGCGGCAAAAGGCGCCGCAUGGUCUCCCCACAUGCCGGGAAUGCUGGCAACGGGGUGCGGCGACGGGCGCAUCUACCUGUGGGACGUGGACCUGCCGGAAGCCAGCCGCCUCAAGAAGAGGCUCUCCGGGCACACGUGCGCUGAACCAAACUGCCCAAAACACGAGUGCAGAGUCACAUGUGCCUGA